UGUCGUGGUGUCGAGAGUGUCGUGACACUGAGUGAUGUGUUGGUAUACACGGCACACAGUUCCAUCGGGCACGAGUACGAGGAGCUGCUGAAGCGCAAGCUGCGGGAGCGCGGCGUGGGCUACCAGACGGAGGAGGAGCUACGCGCCCUGGGCUGCGACAAGACGCCCGACACGCGCCUCGACGUCCCCAUCGGUGUGGGAGGUCGAGUGGUGAACUGGAUCGAGAGUAAAGCCUCGUUUGGUGACCGUGAGAACCAUAGAUCGUACCUCAACGACCAGCUAUGGAGCUACUGGAACAGGUUCGGUCCUGGUCUCGUCAUUUACUGGUUUGGUUACAUCGACGAACUCAAUUACUUGGAGGACAAAGGUAUCCUCGUCAGGGAUUGCUUCCCUGACGACAUCGUCACUAUGGACCCGCUGGCCGUCAAGACCUCAGGACUAAAGCAUCUCUAAACUGGCUGUCAGUCUACUUUAUUACGAGCAAUUUUUUGAUGAAUAAAUACUUAACAAUUUUC